CUGCUUCUUCCCUGUAGAUGAAAACCUCUCCACAACCCACCAGUUGACCACACACUGCUCUUCAUCCCCAUCUCUCUCUCUCCUAGAGAUAUAACUUCAAAUUAAUGGAUGGUAAUCAGGCUAUCAUUCGAAAGUCUACCGAGCAAAUGAUGUGGAGAUUCGAUGACCAGUGGGGUUCAGGUAUUGUAAGAUCUUAUACUUGUUCCUUUUGCAAUAAAUGCUUCUCAAACGCACAGGCAUUAGGAGGUCACAUGAAUAUCCAUAGAAAAGAUAGGGCGAAGCUUAGAGAAGCCUCUGAUGAAAACCUGCUUUCUUUGGACAUUUCAAAGUCGAUGAAACCUGCUGAUAUUCCUCAUCAAGAUUCUGAAGAAACAAAUCCUCUUGCAUCAGAAUCUAUGGAAGAGGAGAGUAAUUGUCUCCCUAAAACACCUUUUUCUGCAUAUAUGGACUUGAUGAAUUGUCCUGAUGGAGAUGAAGAUAAAAAGAUGCAAUUGAGCCAUCGACAGACGACCCAGGUUGAGCUAGACCUUGAGCUUAGGUUAGGACUCGAGCCAUAUCAAGCAUCAUCAACGAUGAGUACCAGAGAAUUCUUCUGAGAGUCUAAUAAUACACCUGCUCGACCAGGAACUAGAGUGGCUUUUUUCUGGUCAGCCUUCUCUUACUCUUUUAUUUUUUAUACUAAGAUAUUUUUGCAUGUCCAACUUUGAGGACAUCAACGAAGAGAAUUUCAUAUCGCUAGGUUCUAUUGCAAACUUCUGUUUUGUAAGAGAGAUUUUUAAUUUUCUUUUAAGACUUCAUCUAUUAAUUAAUCAAUCUUGGAACUUCUCAAAUUAAAAUCCGAAUCCGUCUUGGCAUGAUCGAAAUCAUAUCAUUAAAAUUUCACAAACGAUGUUUCAUUUUCUAGAAAUCCGAAGGAAUCAUGACGCAUGACCUCUUUCACUUAUUAGAAAGACUGGUUUUAAAGAGAAGAACAACGUACUGGACUUCUUUUUCUAUAUUGCU